UCAGAUUGAGCUGAGCGCCUCCUGCUCUGCGCUACGCUACCGCCAGACGGACACACAUUCUUCCAUUCAGUCAGUCUGUUGGCUUGUCUGACGCUAAAGAGCAAGUCUACUAUAGUCUCCCCUCUCUCGGGAUUUGUUUUGAGAGAAACAGCGUUGUUUCUGUACAGCGAAAGAAAACAUGUGUAUAUAUUGGUCAUUUUGAAUGCGCUUGAGGAAAGUUACAUUUGACUAUUUUCUUGCAAAAACGCGGACACAAUGUGACAAUGUUGACCAGCAGACUGGGUUAUCCAUGACGGAUUGGUAAAGAACUGUUCAUUAAUCAAGGAAAAAGUGACGUGGAAAUGGGGAAACUUCAGUCCAAACAUGCGGGCAAACGUAGAGAGAACCCCGAAGGAGACAGUUUUGUUGUGAACGCUUUCCUCCGAAGAGCGAUGGAAGAAUGCGAGAGGUACAGCGCCUCAGAUCACAAACUGAACAACAUUCAGGAGUUUCCACAUAGUGAGCUGAAGGGUAGACAAUUCUUAGACCAUCACUGUCCCCUAGAGGUGGUUCUACCUCCAGAGAAGGCUGCUGAGGGCUGUGACAGUUACCUGCAGUACCCCCACACAGACCCAGGGCCAGACAGGCAGCUACUGAGAGGAGGGGACGCAGGCAAAGGCUCUGGGAAGAAACGCAUCAGCCUGGAUGACCUAGAGUGUGACGUAUCAGUGGAGGAAGAUAAUCGUCAGGAAUGGAUCUUCACCCUCUAUGAUUUUGACAACAGUGGCAAAGUUACUAAAGAGGACAUGUCCAGUCUGAUGCACACCAUCUAUGAUGUGGUGGAUGCCUCGGUCAAUCACUCGUCCUGCCACAGUAAGAGGAAGACCCUACGGGUCAAACUGACUGUCACACCAGAGCGCUGUCCUCGCAGGAGAGACCACAUCUCCACUGGACCAGACCGGGAGACGGCACGCCUUCACCAGGAGGAGGGACGAUCAGCAGACAGACGGCUUUCUUCUCACAUCAGGCCAGCCCACCCAGGUCAGAGCAGUGAGGGACAGCAUUACUGUGUGGAUGAGAACACUGAGAGGAGGAAUCACUAUCUGGACCUAGCUGGUAUAGAGAACUACACCUCCAGGUUUGAAGGAUCCACCCCUCCCCGCCCCCAGGAGACCCAUGUGCGGACCUCCCAGUCCCAGAACCGCUCCCGUUCCCAGGAGCCCGAGGCUCACGCCGCCCACCAGCGCCACUCGCAGGUCAUCGGUGAGAACUACACCCCUCUAGAAGCCCGGGUCGUGGCGCGUCACACUUCCUCAAGCUGGGGGCAUUACCCUCCUCAGCCUCCUCCACUCCAGACCCUGCUGCAUACAGGGAACUCCUCAUCUGGGGGUCACGGAGGUCAGGAUGUGUACCACCUCCCCUCCUCCAGCCACCACCAGCACCCUCUGCAACACAGCCAUAGCAAACGGCUCCGGGCCAAAGCCAGGGAGGGUCAGGGCCUGUCCCCGUCCAAAACGCCCCUGUCACCUCACUCCAAUCCCCAGCAGCAGCAGCAGCAGGCUCCCCCGCCUCCCCCUUGUCUUGAGAGGGAGAAGGAGAGGGAGCAGGUAUCUGGGCUGCACGGCAGCCCUGGGUCCUUUGUGUUGCCUUUGGUGCAGCGUCACGAGCACCGUCACCACCACGAACACCACCAUCACCACCACUACCACCACCACCACCAGACAUGACCCAAUAUGAGCCCAGUCACAGUAACAGUCA